AUGCCCCCACAGGCAGGGACUGGCUGGCUCAGGGGCAGGCAAUGGGACCCACUAACCCCUGUCUCCCCAGAGCCCCCUGAGGUGACCGUGUUCCCCAAAGGCCCCGUGGAGCUGGGCGAGCCCAACGUCCUGAUCUGCUUCGUGGACAAGUUCUUCCCGCCUGCGCUCAGCGUGACGUGGCUUAAGAAUGGGCAGGAGGUGACGGGGGGCAUCUAUGAGACCGACUUCUACCCCCGCCCGGACAACUCCUUCCGCAAGUUCUCCUACCUGCCCUUCCUCCCCAGCCAGGGCGACUUCUACGACUGCCGGGUGGAGCACGGGGGGCUGCCCGAGCCCUUCAUGAAGCACUGGGAAGCCCAGGUGCCCACCCCCAUCACCGAGACCACAGAGACCCUGGUGUGCGCCCUGGGCCUGGCCGUGGGCAUCAUCGGCAUCAUCGUGGGCACCAUCCUCAUCAUCAAGGGCAUGAAGAUGAAUGCUGCCCGCAACCCGCGGGGCCCCUUAUAAACGCGGGGAGGAGCCGGGGCCCCUGAAUCUCCCUGGUGCCUGCGUGGGACCCACUCGCACACACCCCAGCUCUGCCCCCAGCGUCCCUGCUCCGUGCCA